GUGGUGGGCCCGCUCUUUCCCUUCACGCAUCGCAGGAAGUUGGAGUUGAUCACGGAGUGGCACCCUUGGUACAGCGAGGAGGCUGGCCACACCUCGCCCUGGGGUCGCCCCAUCCUGCCCCCAGAGAGCUUCAACCAGAUCAUGUUGGGCCAGGUGGGCGGUGCAGCGCCAGCAAGGUUUCCUCCUACGGGGGAUGAGUGGCUGGAGAAGGCCUUGAACGGCCGCACCCCUGUUGGCCUCUUCGGAGGCUGCGAGGUCAUCCUCCAUGCCGGGCCCAUCUUUGUUGGCGAGGCCUACCAGUGCACGCGGCAGCUGGUGGCUUUUGGCGAGACUCCCAAAGCAGAGUUCAGAUGGACCCGGACCUUCCUGCGGGAUGCCUCCGGGAAGCUUGUGGCCGAGAUGACGCUGCAGGACAUGCAGCUGAAGAACUCCCUGGAGGGCUAUGCGGAGCUGCGCGCCCAAGCCGACGCAAAGGCCAAGCUGUGAGAUCGCAGAGAUUUGCGCAGGA